AUGCCUGCAUUGAAUGGAGUACCCUCCAGCCUCCCUGGGUUACCGGGAAUGACAUCACGUAUUCCAUUGGGCCACGAAAUGCCGAUGUAUCCCAGCCAACAGGGACCUCUGGGAGGACAAUUCAGAGGUUUCCCUUCCCCAGAUGGUAUACCAAUGGCUUCAGGGUUAAAUGGUACCCGCCCGAUUAUCCCAAGCCGAGGCUUCCCUCUAGACACCGGUCAUGGUUUGCCAUUUCAUUCGCAGCUGUUAGGACCCAGUCCAAUCUCUUCGUCUUCGUCACAGCAACCUCAGAUACCUCGGGAAACAAGACGUGGGCAAACACACUCGAGACAAGCGUCAUCAUCUUUUGAAAGAAGUUCCCUAGAAAACAAACCCCAGAAUUUACCAAUAUCCCGACCAGCCCCUAUUCAGCGCCCCGCUAGUACUACCCCUCAUAAUGCCUCACGAAACGAAACGAAACCCGAACUUUCAGAUAUUGACGACUUGAGUGCCCAGCUCGGCAGCAGUGCUCUUCUCGACGAGACUGAUGUGCCUUUCACUUCUAGUCUAACUCAACCUAUCCCCACAAGCUCUCUUCCCGGUGCUCCUGGUGCUGGGAGAAUGGUAUUUGGAACGUCGCCGUUAUUUACCGAAUCCCUCGGUUCGAAGCAUCCAAAUUUUCCUCUUGGUCCUGCGGGCUCUGGUAAUACUUGGGGUUCACAAACGCCAUUCGGAGGCCCCGGAUUCCCUGCGGCAACGUCUUGGGGUUCAGUACCGAGCUCAGGAUCUGGGUGGUCCAACAACGCGUUCGGCAUCAUAGGGGGAACACGUCCUCACACUUCGCGACCUGUUACGGUUCGUUUGCUUGUAGCACAGGCUUGCUUCCAUAGCGUGAACCAUGUAUUGCGACAAGUUGAACAACUAAACCCACCAAAUGAGCCUCAAAUCACACUUGAUGAGCUGUUGGAUAUCUGUGACACGGAAGGUAACCCACAAAAUGGUGGUGGCUCUUUCGUAAUCAAGAACGAGACGCGCGGCACCUUCGUUAAAUUUGAGCCGGAUAGCAAUAGCAUGUCGUCAGGUCCCAGAGGAAGUGUCGCACCGGGGGAUAUCGGCAGUCCAGCUGCUAGCAUUAGCACUCCAGCAUUUGGUGGCGUCGGGGCGACUGGCGGUUCGAGACAAUUCCCAGCGCCUCCGAAUAUUUCUCCACCUACCGGAUUCUAA